CAGACAAUUAAGCAAAACUUGAAACGAAAAGUAGUCUGAAAGGAGCUUUUAGUCGUUGGUUUUCUGUUACACGAUAUAGGUGAGUUAUGUUUUUCUCUCUUCGUUAAACAGGCACGGAAAACGUUUCGCCACAUCGACGAUUCUUGUGGUAUGGAGGAAAUGUUUUGUGGCUGUCUUUAAUUUCUAGGAAUAAUUUCUGUGUGGAGGCCAUUUCAUCGAUUACAUUAAUGUGGGCUGCUAAUAUUACUUAUAUCUCCGUAAAAAUUGAUCAAAUUGGGAAGUUUUUAUGAACAAGUUGGAGCUUUAGUGCUUUUCGUGACUAAAAUAAUCGAUCAAAUGUUCUUACCAUUCGUUUAUUCUAGCCAAUUUUGCUUACUCUGAUAUUUAUGUUUUAUAUUUAUACCAGACUUGUGAAAUAGAGAGGUCGUGAACAGAUGUAUAGUGUCUUUCCUUAACCGGCUUAGACGAAAAACCGGCAGAAAAUCUAUUUGUAAUCUUGUGUCUUCAAAGAUCGAGAGGGAUUUUGCGUGAAUCAAACGACUUGCUCGGAUGAACACAGUGUAUUUGGCGUAUGCUGUGCUUUUCUUCUGUAUGAGAGGAAGCCGCCAGAAUUUCAAAAUUGAACAUCGCAUCAAGAGUUUUUUCCUUGCUUGAUUUGGCUCAGUAUUCUACUGUGUACUACUGUGAUACGCGAGAAUUAAGUGUGCUGUUGAUUUUAUCUUCUGCUUAGAAGACAUCUGUUGGAGGAAACAGCGACUGUUCAAGGGAACCUAAACGAGUUCGACAAAGAAAAAUCUGGACUAAAUUCAAGUAACCAGGAUUUUUGACUGCCCAUUACAUUUGGUGUGAUUAAACUGGAGACAAGAGGCUGGUAUAAUCCACAACGACAACGCUUGAUCUAAUCUGGGCUAUUUACACACCGCCAUUUUGUUAGCCGCGAAAUGUAAAUACGCUAACUUGUUAUGUACGAGUUGUGCAGACGGAUGGUGAAUUAUAGUCUUUCAUUUCCUCGUUGGAAUGCAAGAAUUUUCGUGCAUUGAAUUCAAAGCUCCUAUAAUCACGUAUGGCUUCGUUCUGCGAGGAAGCAAUUCUUAAGCUGACUGUUUUUCCAAGAAGAGAUUUAAUACCAACCGGUUGAACAACAUUUUUCAUUUCGUCGACAUAUUUGAAGCAAGAUGACCACGGCUUUUGGUGAAAGUAACUUGAACAAUAAUUUACAGUUUAUAAACUGCCUUCAAAAGCCCCUAGAACAGCGAACACAAGCGGUAAGUAAGACAGAACUAUUUGUUUUAGAUCUUGUGCAAUAUGAUCCGUGAAAUCGACAACUUUGCAAAUCACGUUGAUCUGAAUAGUUGUCAAUUUCACAACGUGAAUAGUGUUUUGUAAUUUUCCAUUUUAAGACGACAAAAAUACUUCGAGUUGGUAUUUGAGUUUAAAAAGCGUAGACAAUGAAUCAUAGAUUUUAGGCUUGUCAUUUUGCAUUGUAUAUACGUUAAAAUUAUUCUCAGAUGCACUCGGAAUGGCGCUGAACCGAACUAAAUGAAAUUCGUUAAUUCGUUUUCAAGUGUGUUUUGAGGAAUAAAUAAAGCUUGAUAUAGAAGCUUUAAUCUUACAUUCGAUUCUGCAUUGCAUUUAAAAAACCCGUAUUUCUUUGUCUGGAUUUAUACCUGCAAGCAGAAAACGUGAGCCGGUUCCUCAACUGUACAUGUUGAAAUGUUUUUCACGAGUUGCUUAAUUGUGUGGUCAAUCGUGUAUGGUAUGCACUGAUCACAUUUAAUCAUAGAUUCAUUAGGCUCAUUGCCAGUCUAAUUUUUAUAUCAUUUAUGUUUUUGUUAUAUUAAUGGUUAAGUAGAUUUUCUAAGAAUUAAGACAAAGCUUUCUUUAGGAUGCAAUUAGUUGUCCAAUGUUUCUGUGUUAUUACUGCAAGUGUCAAACAUUUCCCUUGAAGUAGCUUUACUUUGCUCGAUAUCUAAUACUUAAGAAUCUUUCACUGAAAUAUUUAUGUCACAAGCUUACCUUGUGCUUAAUUAAUUAAGCAAGUGUGAUGAUUUGGUUUCAUAAAAUUCACAGACCUAAAUGUAAUGUUGCUACAGGUUUAGCACCAUGCACAUUAUGUGCUUCAGAUAUCAAAAUUGAAAACUUUUGCCAUUAGAGUACAUCACACCUGCUUUCUUGUGUGUGGUUUUACAUGUCCAGCACAAUUUUUUGUUAUCUACAGUCUUGAUGAUCAUUGAAAUGACAUUAUAAAUGUUAAAAAUGAUACUGAGGGACAAAGUGUAGCACAGAAUACAGACAGUAAAAGAUUGCAAUUUAAUUACAAUAAUGACACUCAAACAUACAUUUCUAUCCAAAAUUGUGGGUAACCAUGAAGGAUUUUGAGAGGAUAAAAGGUCCUUAACAGACACAUACACACAAACUUAAAAACAACAGUAGCAAAAAAAUUAUGAGUAAGAAUUGCCAAAAAUACAAUGCAGUUUUUAUUACCUUUGAUUCUGUUGCAGAUAGUUUCCCCUUGAUUAUAGUUGGGUACUUUUUCCAUUAAAGAUUGUGCAGCUCUACACAUUGAAGAUUUUAAGGUUUUUUGCUGUUUACAAGUACUCUUCAGCCCAGUCUCACACAGCCCACAAAAUUAAGACGGGACAAAUCAUACUUGCAAAAGUCUGCUAAUAAAAACUUUGGGUGCUUUUGCUGCAUGAUAUGAUGCCACAAUAAUGGCUCUUGAUAUAUGACUUCAUGAGAAAUUCUUCAGUUUCUCUUAAGUGGUGCUUUGAUCCAAAGUGAUCUUCACUUUGAAUAAAAUAGAAAUAUGUAUGUCAGGAGGGGGGGUGGGGUGGGAUAGGGAUUGAGUGUAAGAUUGUAUUUGUUCACAUGAAUCUCUCUUUUAUUUACACUGUUCAAUUGAAACUGGUUUAAAUGGAGUCUUUUAGUACAAAUUUAACAUUAAUUUGAUAUUUUAAGAUUUAUGUAUGUAAUAUGAUUUUAUAUUAAUUAUUAUAAGUGGUUGAUUUAAAUAAUAAUGUUUAUUAUAUGGCAAGGUGGUUUUGAGGUAAAUAUGAGUGUUGUAAUUGGUUCUUACCUGGUCUGUAUUUUAUUAGAUGGUUGAUCUAAACUGUUAGGACCUCAGCGCAGCCCCUGUGCUCAGUUAGUUUGAAGUAUUAGUGAUUCAUGUGAUUUCCCUUUUCUGUCCUAAGGAUGUGGAGACAAUUUUUUGUUAUUUGUGGGGAAUGCAGGCAGUGGCUGGUCUGACGGAGUCAGCUGUAAGGUCAGUACUAUGAGAGGAUAAAUAACACACUUUCUCAGCUUUGGCUAUUCAGCAAUAACUUUAAACCUUUUUGCCUUGUGGAAUUUUAAAAGGCUUACUGUAAUUUGCAAAAUGAAUUGAAACAAAAUGAAAUGAAAUGAAAAUCUGUAAUUUGCAAAAAUGGAAAUAUACUGAUGAUUUGCAAAAUAGAAAUUGCAAAUUACAGAUUUCUAUUUUACCAUGAGGGGACGCAAAUCGUCUGUGCUGUAAGUAUCCUGGAGAGUCCCCUACAUUUUCUUAGACUUUUAGUCUAAGAAAAUGUAUGGGACUUUUUGAACGCUCCAGGCAGCUUUCCUGUAAGGUGUCAUAAUCCUGUUGCUGCUGACAUCGAUGUGACAGAUAAUUGCUUUCACACUGUUUUCUUUGCCGGCUUAUACUUGUCAUCAAGUUUCAAUAAGACGGCUAUCAUUUUUCACAAGAAUAAUGAAGUUUUCGUAAAUUGUGAUAUGUACUUACAGUGCAGACGAUUUGCGUCCCCUCAUGAUGAUAAGCAUAUUUCCAUUUUGCAAAUUACAGAUUUCUGUUUUGCAAAUCAUUUGCAUAUUUCCAUUUGCAAAUUACAGAUUUCUAGAAAUCUGUAAUUUGCAAAAUGGAAAUACACAAGUUGUUAUCUUGAUCUAACACAAAAUUCUAGAAAUCUGUAAUUUGUGAAAUGGAAAUACUGGUAUACGAAUGAUUUGCAAAAUCUGUGUGGUGAACUUUGCGAAAUCUCUUCUACAUUCAUGAAUAUCUAAAUGGGAAAUCAACUAGAAAUCUGUUGAGUGUAACAAUUCUCGAUACUCAUAGUCAUAUAGUUCCUUUGGUACUGACAAGAAGAAUUUGUUUGUCAAUCAAAGCAUUUUAGGUUGGCAAUCAUUUGCCUUAUUCUCAAGAUCUUAAUGACUGAUUCAGUAGUAUUACUGUAAGGAGAAAUUACAUGCUGGUCACUCAAAGGGUUUAAAGGGUUAAAAACAAGGACUUAACCCUUCAAUCCCAAGAAGUGAUUAACACCUAACUUCUCCCUAUGAUAACUAUACAUUAUCCAGAAAACAGAUAAUGAAAAUACACAGAACAAGUUGUUAUCCUGAUCUAACACAAAAUUCUCAUCACCAAUUAACAAGGAAAUGUGUGGCAGCUGGAGGGGAUAAUUAACAAUCAGAUCUUGGUAACUAAGGGUUUAGUGUAAUAUGAAAGAGAAAGAUCUCCAGAGACCAUAGAUUAGUCAUUUGUUAGUCACCAUACUACUUUUCUAAAAUAAUGCAAAGUGUAUACUAAAAGAAAGUUUUCUAUUGCUAUGUAAAUGUGCCCAGCAACCAAAACAUCCACUGUGUUAUGUUAUUAGUUCAAGUGACUGUUUAUCAUCUUCUCAGAAUAUUAAUUUUUUUUCUGUCAGAUUUUGAGUUAGAUCUUCAGUUCUGUGUGAAUAAAUGCAUGUUUCACAAUUUUCUCUUGAGAAGUAUAUCUUAAAAUUAUUUACCCAUGGCAGACAAAUACCUUUCUACUUAGAUGAAAUUAAAAGAGUACUGAAACACUCUUUUGUUGAGGAUCAUGAAGCUGCAGCUUUGAUUUGAUUUUUUAACAAAAGAAAAUCUAAUUGACACACAUGUACAUAGCACAUAGUGUUACAUUAUUGGAUCAUUUGUACUUGAAGUUCCAGCAAAGUCUAUGCAAAACUUCUUAAUGCAUAUGUUGCCCAAAACUCAAUCCUAAUAAAAUCCUUUUCCUUGAAUGUCACAGGACUAUGUCGGAGACAGCAAGAUAUGAGGCAGAAGAUUCUAACUCUUUACUUUACGUGUAAGUUGUUUCCUGGGGAAUUAGCAAACUGUUACACUUAUGUGCUGAUUAGAGUCUGACCUUGAAUGAACUUCAUUCUGCAGAAAUGAAUGACAGGAGGUUUGACGUUUAUUUAUUGCAAUCAGACUUGAGUUAUGCCUCUUCUUGUUUAACAAUAACAUCUAACAUGAAAUUGAUCAGCAUUUUUUUUUUUUUUUGAGAACAAUGAGAUUGGAAAUGUGAAAACUGAAAUUGAAGUAAAUAAGUAUUCUUAAGGGCUACUCUUGUGAAACAAAUGAAAUUUCUUCUUUAUAUUUUUCAAUAUGAGAGUUUUUUGGGACUACAGUGAAACAUGGUAACUGAAUAUUAGAUAAUGAAACAGUCCUAUCUCUAAGCAUCAAAGUCUAUUACUUUCAGUAAACCUUCCAUGAAUUGAAGUUAUUGGUAACUUUUCUGUAAACUGUAAGUUAUGGACACUUAAAUUACUUUACUCAUCUGCAACUGAUGGAUGCUAAUUAUUUCUAUCAAGCCUUUUCGAACAACAUUGAGUGGACACACAAUUAUCACUGUAAUCAUCAGCAAUGGAUGGGUGCUAUUUAUUUCAAGCCUUUUCUAACAACUUUGAUUUUUAAAUGCAAGCAUUUAAUUGCUGGUCUUUAAAAUUUUGAUCAUCAGGUCAGACGAUAUAGCAUCUUGCUGGUAUAUUUUGUUGUCUGGUUGUGUUUUUCUGGAGGGAUGCAUGUAUUUACCAGGAAGCAGGUAUUGAAACAGUGAUAUUACUGUGCAUCACUUUUUACUUCUUGUAGGUACACUCUACAGUCUACUUUAUGUGUGUAAUUUUUAUAAGUUUGAAGUAGUGUCUUCACUGAAAAGAUACCAAUUCUAAAAGUAAAAGGGUGUGUGCACCCCUGAAGGUAACUUAAAUUGUAUCUCACAUUUCUGAAUUGAGCAGUAAACAGGGUGUGUGUCAGUUAUGAACCUAUCAAUGGACUAGCUCAAAAGUGGUUACUCUGUAGCUCAGUGGUAAAGCAUAAGAGCAUGCAGUUUGUUUUGUGGGGGGGGUAGGGGGACUGGGGAGACUCAGAUUUCUUCACUUGACAACACUCACAAUAGCUUUCUUUAUGAAGCUUCCACUUAUGAUAUGAGAAUAGGAAACUUUAUGAGGUUUUUAUCCUGAUGUUGCACUACAUUCUCCUAACUUAUUACAUAUCAGGAAGAAAUACAAAUCAGAUCUUAAGGGUUAAAAGCUUGAGUGGAGGAUCAAGUCAGUAUUUAUACUGUCCACCAACUUCUGAAGGGAUUAAGAUAACUUAUAGAAGUUUGCAGUGUGCCUUUCUUCAUAAACAAGACAUGCGCUUAACAAAGUGUUCUUUCCUCCAAUGCUUUUUUCUUCUUUAAUAAAACUUCUGUAAUAUAGAUGUCUGCGUUGUGUUGUGUGUUGCCCUUUCGCAAUAUAUGCAAAAGAUUCAAGGUCUGCGUUUUUCUUGCAGUUUUGGCAAACAACCACUCAAUAGAAAGAGAGGCACAGAUUGCCUUGUGUUGGAAUACUCUGAACUGAUUGUGGUAGGUCUUGUGUAAUAUGUUACCAUAUUUGCGACGUUUCCAUUCGUCUCUGGCGAUCCACUUGACUGCAACCAGUUAGAGUUACAUACAUAGGGCUUGGUCUUGUAAACCACUGUCUCUAUUCACACUCAAUAAGCUGGCCAUUUAAGAUUUUUUUCUCCUCAAAUAACAUUUUACAUAAUAUUAUGCCUAGUCCUAAUUCCCCAUGUACUGAAGGCUUAGAAGCUGGCUUUCCCAACUUUCUCCAGCUGUCUAGGAAAUUCUACCUGUAAAUUCUAGGGAACAUGCCAUUACUUGACACUGCCGUGACUGACCAAGAUGGUAAAUCUGAGCAAAGUAAAUUAAAAGAGAAAUAUACAAAGAAAAAAAGUUACAUUUAAUUUGGUCAGGUAAAAAAUCUCCCAACUGUUUGUGCAGCAGACCUCAAAAAGAUAAGUACUAACAAAAACGAUUGUUAUUAUUUCUUCAACAGAUUGAUUUUCCAAACACGGAUCUGUUCGAGCCAUUUCAGCGACACUCGUAUUCCAAGAAUGAUUUAGAGCGUCUUCUUGCUCUGGAAACCCAGGAUUACAGGAUAGGAGGACCAAUACCCGAUGAUGAACAAGUAAUGAUCAAAUAAAACUACAGACACAUUUUUCCGAAAGGAACAACGUGUCAGGCCUUGUUUUUGGAUGUGAUCGUGCACAGUGUUCAAUAACAUUCCAAUCAUGUCAAACGAACCAACUCCUGAAAACAUUCGUCAGAUUUGUUUAGUCUAUGUGUAGACAAAAAACAAAAGUUUAAGCACAAUUAGGGAGUUCAGAACCUUAACUGCAGCACCGAUGUUUUUAUCUUUGAUUUUUACCGGCCUCCAUUGCUAUUUUCCUUUACGAAGUUCGAAAUAACUAAGAAAUUUAAAAAACCAGUUAAAUAUGAAAUUAAACCAAACAAAAAAUCAACGACACAAUGCACUUGUCGUUCAGUAAACAAUGUUAAGUAUUGCAUGCAGUGUAUGUGUAAGAGUGGAGAAUUUCAUGCUUUGUUCCUUCUGAAAUGAAAAUCGUUUCUAAACUCUUCCUGAAAACUUCUGCAUUUCAAUGGUUUACUUGUGUCUGUUUUCAUUGUUACUUACAGCCUAAUAACAUACCUCAGAUCCUACCUUAGAAGACAAGUGCUUACAAUUUUAACUGCAACAGCGAAUGAUAGUUCAAUACCGUGAAACAUCACUCUCGAGCGUUGGACAAAAAAUGUUUUUAGCUCCAGCGAGGAUUCGAAUUAGCUCACUUUUUGCUGUCAGAUACUUGUUUGCGAACUACUUAUUUACUCAUGGAUGAAAAUGUAUGUGAAUUGUUUGAUCCCCGAAAAAUACCUGGCACAACCUCUUCUUUGUUUUAUGAACAGUUGCCCAUGGAACUUCAGCACGUAAAGGAGAUUAUCAUAAGAAGCGAUAAAAACAUGAAGAGGAGUGCGUCUGAAGAUUCGUCCUCCAUAAACAAUUAUGAUUUGGAUCUUACAGGCUUGGUGGAAAGUAUUGGUGAGUGAAUCCUAUUGAGACGUUUUUUUUUAUGCAAGGGUUGUGUUUUACAGUAACUUUAAUGAAACAAGAAAAUAAUACAUAUAAAUAGAUAAAAAAUGAGAAAAAACAGAUAGAUCAAGUUAAUUUUGUGGGGGAAAGGCCCCAAAACAGCAGUAAGUUUUGACAGUGUUUGAGGAGCUUUGUCGCGACUUCUGCUUCUUUUAUUCAUUUUAUUUAUUCGGAACUAUCCCUUGUCUGUCUCAGUUUAUUAUUGCCUAUUUUUGUCUACCGAACUAUGAUGUUUUUGCAUGGUCUUCCUUAAGUUGUAGGCAGUUUAUAGGAACACUAAAUAUUACUUGAAAUACCACUUAAUCUGUUAUGACCAUUUGAUCACUUAUGAAAUCGCGAGACCUACCAGAGUCCCGUGAGUGACUGAAAGAGCAUAACCAUUAGUACCCCUACUGGGAAUAGGCUCGCUUCCCGCCGUUUUAUCGGCUCCCAUCUUUGAUCCUCUCUUUGGGUAGGGAGAGCGGGCUCGUUUCUAGAACAGCGGCUAGGCAUCGUAUCUACACUGAGGAACUGGUGGCUCCAAGUGUUCGUUUAGGAGAGGUUCCCGUCUUGAAAAGAUGUCUCUCAGAACAGAGCUGACUGUACGCAUAAAUUUUUUUCGCUGUUUUUUUAGUUGAUUCUGAUGACGACGAUGAAGAAGAAGAAUCCCAUUCUUCACGAGAGGUACUACAGCUAUAAAUUACUACAGCUAUAAAUUUUUUUCUUUAGAUUACUAUCGCUGUCGUCAAAUUUACAAGAAGAUCUUUUUUCAAUUAGAUGGACAAUUUACAGCCUCCCCAAAUGACGACAUAAUUUUGUCAAUCAGAUUUCACCAGACAAAAACCUGUGCGUUCUACUCGGUGAUAAAGCUACUAUUCCUAAACCCGAGUGAAUUACAAGGACAGGUGAAAUUAAGACAUAAGCUCGCACAUGUACGCAUUGCAGACCUACCUUGUAUCGAGUAAAGUUUCAGUAAGAGAGUAAAACGCUUUGAUUUUUUUGUCACAGUCUUUAAUGGUGCGCGAUGUGGUGCGAGAUUGCCUGGAGAAAGAGCCGACUGAUCGAACAGAAAGUGAUAUCCGUGAGUCUCAAAUUUCAUUAUUUGUUUUUAAGUUUUUUCUGUUUAAGAUUUUAUUUGCUAAAUAUCAAGUUUCGUUAAACCAUUUUUUUUACAGAGGCCCUUUUGGAUUUCAUGCAACAUUUGCCGGUAAGUUUUUAUCUUGUUAAUCGAUAUUUAAGCCAUCGAAACGAUCGUUAGGUUGGGAGUUCCGGCAGUCUUUUUCAACACUGUUUAACAGUUUCCUUGUUAAUUGUGCUUAAGUACAUUUUUGACCUCGUAUUUAAUGCACAGGGCGCUUUCGAUAGUGUCGUGGAACUGAAACCAAUGUAAUCUAACUUCCAAUCAGAACAAAGAAAAAUGCAAGUAGAAGCCAAUCAGAACUCAAAGCAAACAUACGUAAACCGCCUGACGCGAGGAAACGCGAGUAACUAAUUUUCGAUGGGUUCAGUCUAGUUUUGCAUCUGAUUGCUUGGGAGGGCAGUGCGAGUUUCUGGACCAAUCACAGCGCAAAGUAAAUAAAACUUAUUCAUCACUGAUCCACUUUUGGCCUUAGUUUGAAAAUGCUCAAGCAGUCAUUUGCUGAUCGUAUUUUUAUUUCUUUUGAUAACGCAGGCGUUUGCCAACAUGACCAUGAACGUACGGCAAGAGUUAUGCGCUGUGAUGGUGUUCGCUGUUGUAGAAAAAGCGGGAUCCGUUGUGAUGGAAAAUGAAGAGGAGGUUAGUAGGGAUCUUGACCUUUAGUUAAAAAGCAACAGGUUUCACCCUCAAUCCAGUGUGUACUUUCCAAAAUCUGCCUUUCUUUUAAAGAUGUCGAGCAAGUUCUACCUUAAUGUAAGUGAGUUCGUCUUGUUUGAAGACAGAAUCAAAACUGGUAGGCAUUUCCUUUGAAGGAUAGAUGGAUCUUUAUACAGAUAUUUAUUUGGAUGGAGUGUGUCUUUAUGAUGUUUACAUGGUCGACAGAAUGAUAGAUUUAACUUCCCAACGAGCAUUCACUCAGUGGAAAUCGUCAUAUCGGGAGAAUUCUUAAAGAACAGUUUAAACAUCAGACUGCAAUUUGAAUCUUACAAAGACUGUAACCAGGAACUACUCAUUCACAUCGUCUUCAACAAAAUGUUUACUUUCGGCUCAUGUUGUCUCAUAUAAGUUAAAAUUCGCGUUAAAUUAGUUUAUCUUCAGCUUUCCGAAUGUGUAUCUCUCGGCAGCUGGACUCCUGGUGUGUUAUACUCAACGGAUCAGUUGAAGUUAUUGUUCCUGGGGAAGAGAUCGUGACCCUGCAUCUUGGGGACAGUUUUGGGGUGGAACCCACACUGAAAAAGAUGCGCCAUAAGGGAAUAAUGAAGACACGUGCGGAUGAUUGUCAAGUAAGGCCAAUCAACUAGAACAAACCAAAUAAUGUAAUGUGGACUUUAAGUACAGCUACGAGGCACUCGAAUGUUUUGCAGAAAGAGGCAGGCUAAGAUUAGGGGGAGUUGAGGAUAGAGUUUGUAACCGCCUUAUUUGUAUUGGUAAUAUGAAAUGUUGGGCUUGCGGUGAAUGUUUGAGGGUCGAAUUCACCACCGUCUUAUUAGUUAUCGAGAACGACUGAUCAAAUGAAUCUUGCGAGAAGCAAAAGUCCUAUAGUCUGUGGGACAAGUGUCUUCUACUUUCUUUUUUGAAGUUAAAUCAUUCCCUAGCUGAUAAUUUCCUGAUAUCUCACUCGUCUGCGAAAAGUCGCCCUUAAUCUACUUUCUUUCAUUUUUUCAUUCAGUUUGUGUGUGUAGCGCAAGCGGAUUACUACAGAAUUCUCACUCAAGGAGAAAGAAGCAUUCAAUGUAUUGAGGAGGGCGGUGAGGUUGUCAUGAUCACGGAAUUUAGGAAGACUGACGGAGGCAGUCGACAGGGUCAAGUAGUCAUUAAGGUGAGUCCCUUGAAUAUUCGACGAUUGUAUGAAUCCAUCCACUCCUUGAGCUUGCGAGAAAGCUCUUUUUAUUUUGGUGCUGCGACAAAAUAGCGAAGCCACGCGUUCAGUUUUGAGCCGGCGAACAAUGCGAGCGCGAGAGAUUCUGGAGGAUUCUGACACGGAAAUGAGUGUUAGACCCCUCGAGGACCUGUGCUUUGGUUCUAGUGAGAAUCUUCCUGUAGGCUUACUUUCCUGCUGUUCGGUUUCUUGAUCAACAAGGAAAAAACGUUUGAUUACAGGUUACUUGAUUAAUUACCAUAACUGAAAGAAAUACUAGGGACGUUUUAUAAAAAGAUUUGCAUGGAAAACCCGUUAGCUUGCUCCACUUUUUUCUAACAAUAACGUUUUCGUUCCGUUUUUCUUUUGUUCAUCGUGAAGAGGAUUAUGCUAAAAUAUUUCUUAGCAGUCGCAGGUUAACAUAAGGGAGAUGUUGAGUUACAGAUAUGUAACAAUGAGGUCUCCUCUGGCUGUUAAGAUUACUUUGAUUUUAGUUUUACGAGACUCAGUCGAAAUGUUACUGUUAUUUUCGUUGCCAGGCAACCGCCGAGAAGCUUAUUAGUCACGUGGUAGCGGACCACUCAGCGAUCGAUCCAACUUACGUAGAAGAUCUUUUGCUGACCUACAAAACCUUUAUUGAUCGCCCCUCAGAGAUCUGCGGUCAUUUACUAAACUGGUUCCUCGAAAAACGUUUUCGAGACAAGGUAGGUUUUUUUUGCUCUACCUUUAAACAAACACACAACGACGCAAAGAAAUUUCCUGCUUUAGAGACACAUCGGUACAGAUUCUUUUACGGUUUUCAUCGAAGUUGACGAUUCCAGUCACAUGGUUUGCCGGCAGACUGUUAAAAAAAUAAUGCAAACUGAUUGCGGGUGCAAAAAUUAUUGUUUGUUUAGUUUUUAGAAUGAAGCCAUUGGAAAAGGACUGUGAUGAACCUGUUAUCCAGAAUUCUGUCCUGCGUCAUUUUAUUGAUAUAAAUCAGGCGCCUCUGUUGCAUCCAAUCUGGUUCAUAAUCAUAUGAAAGCCACUUGUGAUCUCGCAUUGGUAGCUUUUCUCUUAAGAGCAUCUGAUUCACUAAGAUAUUUGUUCCUGCAGUUGUAUAUGCCGUUGUUUUCUGGCUUGUUUUGGAGAUUGGCUCAGUCUUCCAACACGUAGAAGUCACUGGCCAUGUUUUAAAAUCGUUUUUGGUGUCAAUUUAAUUUGAUUGGUGAGACUUGGUUUAUUUCAUUUCAGGUAACGCGUGCCAUGUUGUUGUGGGUUAAUAACCAUUACGGAGAUUUUGAAAGUGAUACUGUUAUGGAAGGAUAUCUGGAGACCUUUGAAAAAGGUCUCGAGUUUCAGGUAACCACAGGGAUUUUUUUUUUUGGCGUUUUCCUUUUUUUUCUCUUUAGUGGAAUUGAAAUAUCAUAUUAACCCCUGAAAGUUUUGAUGUGAUUUAAUUUUUCUGUCUUUUCUAUUUUUGCUCAAACAGCAAAUGAGCGGUCAGCUUGGACUGUUGAACAUUGCUUGCGCGGCUAAAGCAAAAUCUCGUCGGAUUACAAUGGUGAGAUACUUUUCUGCCUACCUAUGGUACCUCAAUAGGACUGAGUAGAGUCCAACUAAUUCUGUAACCAUACGAGUGAUUAGCAAAAUCGUACGACUGUGUACAUACUCGUGCGUAACAAAUCGAACUCCUGCUUCAUGGUCAUCUGAUCUUUGUAAUCAGUUGUAUAAUUACAGACUGAUAUUGACAUUAUAAAUUGGGCUUUUGAUCACUCCUUAAGAUCAAUAAUUACAGUUACAGUUUUCAUUCGAUUUUUUUGUCUUUCCCGAGAUAUGUUUUAGCAUGUGAUGACCUUUUUUUUUCUUUCCGUUAUCUUUGCUAGGAUCGCCCGUCCAAGGACAAGCCUUUAGGUUUUACCAUUGCGGGCGGAAAAGAAUCUGGUUUUGGAAUAUUUGUAUCUAAGGUACAGCAGCUGUAGUCGUUUAUUUUAGUUUUGCGUUUGCUUACUAAGCCUCAAUCAAAGAGUUUGAUUCAAUGGAAAUGUUAUGAGUCCCAUGACAAAUCGUGGGCCUAAUAAUAAUAAAAUAGGACUUGCGGCUAUUUUCCCGCGUUCGGCACCGGUAAACGCUUUACGCGUUUGCAGCGAGUAAGAUAUUUACCUGGCGUUCGUGGCAGGCUCCUUUUACCAGCCUGAUGCACAGGUAUCAUUUCUUUCACGCGUAGGCCUGUCUGUACUUGAGCCUAUUCAAUACUGAUGUUAAAAUUGACAUGUUCACUUUUUUUCUCAGGUUGAAGAAGAUUGUAAAGCGUUAGAAGCAGGUCUCAGAAGAGGGGACCAGGUAUUUUGCUGUUUCGUUUUAUCACAGAUGUUAUGAUCAUUGUGGUUACUCAUCAUUCCCAAACCUGGUGUUACAUUUAGGUUGAGUUUUAUAGUUGGUUCUCGUCCUUGCUCUGAGGAUUUUCCUCCAGGCCCGCCGGUUUUCGUCCCUCCACAAAAACCAAAUUCUAAAUUCCAAUUCGCCCUGGAAUUUCCACUAUAAAAUCCCUUGUUUUCAUUUAUUAUAUUUUAUCCUUAGGAAGCAAUUUUUGAAAGGCAGAAGUCGAAUCUUCAAUGUGCUUUUUCCGAUAAUUUUUGGUUUUUUUUUCUCAUCCUUUCAGCUACUUGAAGUCAAUGGCACAAACUUCGAAAACAUUACGGCCACAGAGGUAAACGAAAUUUAACGAAAGUUAAAUUUAAUUAAAUGUCCAAUUCUUUUUUAUUUGUUAAUGUUUUUAUUUGCUCAUGUAUGUAUAAUUAUUUCUUUAUACACGUGAUGUUUAGGCAAGGGACCGUCUGUCCUGCGCGAUCCAUGUGUCAAUGUUAGUCAAGCGGAACAUGCCAGGUUUGUUUAAAAUUUACAUUUGUAUUUGUGUUUGGAAAUUUUCUUGAUCGAACGUUUCAUCAAAAUGAUUUUGCGCCUAAGACUUUUUGAACUUAUGACUGAACAUUUAAUCUAGUAAAGAUUUUUCAUAUUCCUGUUUUUCGUAAAGUUAUUACUUCUGUGCAGAGUAGUCUUACAAUGUCAACCCUUUGUCGUAUAGUUUCAUGUUUUUUCGUGUUUCCACAAAUGAAACUUGACCCAAGCUUACCCUACGAAUUUCGUCCUUUUCGGAUUUGGAACAAAAAGGAAUGGCGAUCGUUAAUGAAAUAGGUGUCGAAGGUUCUGAAGGGAGCGAAGUUUGGUAAGGGUAGAUUAACCAUCUUAGCAAAUCUGAAAGCACGAGUCUACGCUUCCCAGCUUUGCUAUCAAAGUAGACAAAGCUACAAAGUAGGCCAUUAGAAUUUGCCAAAGUUCAGAACUUUGUGGUAUUGCAAGGGCGGGAGAAUAAUUUUUGAUGGACUUAUGGGAGUUUUUCUUAACAACCCUGUAGGCACAAAGUUUGUUUUUUAUUGAGAGUAUCUUAGGAGUAUUAAAAAAAUGGUGAUCUCAAUUCAGGUUUGAGUCGGUCUAUUUGUAAUUAAACAGUACAAGAUGAAAUGUUUAUUUACAUGGUGGAAAAUUUAAAUCGCAUCCCGUUCAGCAUUCACCUAUGCAAUAUGAAGCAGCAUUUUACGUCCCUAAAUUAUUUUUCUCCCGAGCUAUUUGGGGUUCAUUGCACAUUUGUAUCAGAAAAUUCUUAAUUGGAAAAAGAUAUUCGUAACAAUAAGAUACCAUUUGAAAUUUCUUUAGAAUAGGAUCGGCCAAUCAGAAUCGAAACGGAAACCAAACGUGCAGUGGUGGGCAAACUAAUGUUUUUGCAAAUUUUUCAAUGUUAAAAGCCGGGUCAAAGAAGCGGUACAUUCAAUAGCCGUUUACAAUGCAGAGAUUUCAUUAAUGACUGUCAAUUGUGAAGCGAGGGUUCUUUUUCUUCCGGUACUGAUGGCCUUAAUUUCUCUUUUGUUUAAAGCGGUUGAAUAGAUUACCUACAAAAUUAUUUCGGCUUUGAUGUCACGUCCUUUCUAAAGGAUAAUUGAAAUUUCGAGCGGCGUUUUGUUGGUCAAAAAUCACAUCACCAAACAAACUUUCCUUACGUUUAAUUAUCCUGAACUGCGCCAACAGUUUUAAGUAUGAAAUAAAAUUUUGCGUUCUUCUUUUAUUUAAAACGCAGGUGAAUUUUCUAGAAUAUGUUGGCCACGCUUGGAUAAAUCUACCAAAUCCUUGUGUCUUUUAAUCAUAGUUCACUUAUUCAUGUUUAAACACGUUUAAACAAAAUUGAUUCAAAAGAAUUCUUUCUUCGCAAAGAAAACUUUUACCGGCAUGGGAGUAAAACGCCACAAGAAGAGUUCACUUGUUGUGCGUGUUGAGAAAACAUAGAAACGCCAUGUUUUCACCCGAAAAUUUUAACCCCCGCUCGUGACUUGUUUUUCCCACAGCUUUUAAAGACAUGGAAACAACCCCGCAUAGAAAAGAGAACUUGAAAAUCACGCAAUCGAAGGUAUGUGCUACUUGUGUAUGUAUCAGUUGUUCAAAAAGCGUGACGUGUGAAUUUAAUUUGUUCCUGAAUUUUGUUGACUCAAAACGCGUCUUUUCCGUUUGCCGUUUGGAGCACAAAAUUUCACAUGCUGUGUAAAAAAAAAAGCAAGACUGAGACGAUCGAUUGAACACGAUUACCCAACCACAUCUUCGCUUUGAGGUCCAAAUUCCGCGAUAUAGGUGUGCGAUUUUAACAGCCAUGUUGGACCGCGUGAGCAAUAUCCAAUUUCCUUUGAGAGUGAAUUGGGCAGUUCAUAAUUUCGCCUAGUCCUACGAUUCGGUCGCUAGGCGAGAAUAAGGACCAUGUCUCUAGAGGUAGCUAAUUUUGAAACAAUACUAUUGAACAGAUUGAUUAAUUUGGGAAUCACUGGCGAUACAUUUACAUCACUGGUUUGUUCAUCUCUAUUUAGGACACAGUACAGCGAAGUUCGUCCGAUUGUAGCGAAAGGCAACGUACGUUGCAGUCUCGCCUCUCCGUUCCUGAAAUAUCGUCAGGUAUAAUAAUUUAAUCGGACUUUUACCUAUAAAAAGUUCCAUUACUUCAAUCUUUUCACGGAAAUUUUCGUGAAGCACUUUAAAACUUAUGACACAAUGUUGAAGAAAAACGGAUGUUAAGCAGACAUUACGUGUUUUUUUUUGUAGCAAAGCGUAUUUUGAUAUGGCGCACUGUGAACUGCGGCAGAGGCGCGCGCUUUUUCUUAUCUAAACGACAUUUAUUUAGAGUUAUAUCUUUUCAGAUUGAAUUAUUGAAAGAUACUUAAGAGUCUCCCUUACGUAAACUAAAAAAUCAGCUGCUAUUAAAAUGUAAUUUGCAAAGAUUAUAGUUUUCAAUAUUGCUGAUGUGCCUGAGCAAGCGUUAUAAAUGUUGGGAUGGGAAUUUAGAAUGAUCUUUUUCAAGAUGUUACUUCGUCCACGAAAGGCAAAUUUUGCCUGCUUAGUGUUAUGUUACGAUUGAUUUGAAUUUGUGUCGUCUUCUUGUACAGAUCCUUCCAAAAAGCCAAUCCAGGUAAGUGUUAUUUUUGUCUUAUUUAGAUUAUAUUCUUAAACGAUUUUUCAUGCAGUAGAUUAGAAAUAUAACGUCAAUACUUUCAAUGCUCUGGGUCUGGUCCUCUUUUAUUUACGCUACAAAACAAGCGUGCGUGUUUUUACUCAUGGCGAGAAAUCUUCUUGUCGGCGAAUAUUGAAUUUGUAUCGCACACGAUGGAAAAGUGUUUAGAUUCGCUUCAUUUACCGUAAAAGAAGAAAGAAAACCACAAUCAAAUGCUUCAGACUAUUUUGGGUAAGUGAAGAAUGCAGACACUACAGAUUUUACACGUUUCACAUAGGUUACCGUCGUCAGUAUUCCCACGCCACCGGAGCGAUCUUCUAAUGACCGAAAAUUUAAUGAUAGUAGUUUCAAAGUUUUUCAGUAAACUUCUAAAUUUAGAUUGUCAUAAACGAAAUAACACAACAAACGCGAUCUGGGAAAGGAAACGGAGCGGCAAAAUUAUGACCGAGCCUUUUCUCUCAUUUUCUCUGUUACCAAUUAUAAUAACCUGUAAGCAAUUGUUUCACGUUGUUUGUUAGGCUGUCGAGAUCUGGUAUCACCGGAUGCCUCAGCCUACGGAGGUCUAACAGUUUGUGGGAUUUACAAAUUACUUGACUGUUUAGCGAGUUUCUCACGCUGACCCCACGUAAAGAUAUUCAAGGCCAGUGUCUCUGGUACUGUUUAUCGAAUCUGGCCAAUGGUCAAUUUUUGUCGGGACAACUGAAAAGGCCAUAGGUUCCAGCAACAUUUUUCUUCAAGAUUAAGGCAAAGUUAAGACUAACUAAGUGCCCGACGAAAUGGUUACGAAAUAGCAGAUUCUUACUUCUAAAAAAUGUCUCAAGAGUGUCUCUCAAAUAUGUGACGAUGGUUCAGCUCUCUACAGGAGUGAUACUCCAGUGGAACAGUAAUUAACAUUUUUUCGAAAGAUUUUAGUUCUCAAAAACCAUAUCAGGUAUGAUUAAUCAACAGUAUAUGUGGAAGUAAUGCUCCAAAUUCUUUAACGUUCCAUUUACGUUAGUUUAUGCAAAUAUAUCGAAAGGUCGAAAGGAUAACGGAACAAGCAUGCAUGUAUGACGUCAAAAUCUUGUGGUCGCGGUACAUGGUGUGUGUAGCGUCAUUAGAGAGAUAUUUUACCUCCGUCGGCUUGGUUUUUUUCUAGCUGAAAGAUUGACAUUAUGUAAAAAACCACAAAAAUGUCAUGGAAAAUUAUUUACUUUGAUUUUUCAGGAUUGUUUAGUUGUGUGGACUGUCGGAAUCAAUAUGUCAUGUUAGGGGUUAAUUCUUUCAAGGUGACUACCUUUGCCUUUGACGUUCUUGUUUUGCGUAGAGUCAAAGUGCACCAAAAUUGUUUUGGUCACAAUAUUUCGCAUAUUUAUUUUAUAUUUGCUUUCUUUCGCAGAGUUUUGAUGUUGUGUUUUAAUAAAAACACGAUCGAGAGAAAGUUGUUUUGAAGGCUUUCAAUUAUGCGUGAACUAAUGAAUCCAUAGAUUUUGAUGACAAAUUUCAACACAAGUGGUUAUAUUGAUAUGGAGACUCGUUUUAUGUAUUUAAGCCAUUCGGUCUUUUUUUUUCCAGAUAUUUUUGUGACCUCUUGUGUUGAAACAUUUGUCAGCAAUAUCGUUCACUGCAGUGAGUUGCGUAACUUGAUGGUAGAACUUAGUUCAUAGUUUUCUUUUUUGAUAACAACAUAUCACCUGCAUUUCCUGCUGAUCAUUGAGAUACUUAAAGGAAAGCUCCUCCAACGAACUAAUUGUAUGGUUUCAGUUGUCUUGUAAUUUCUGAUCACCUCAAGAAGUUUUCUUUUUUUGAAAGGGACAGGCGUUUGACAUUUAAGUCUAGCCUUAGAGGUCGUACCCAAUGGGGUGAUUGCCAUGAAAUUGUCACAAUAUAAAGAACGCCUGAGGUGGGUAGGCUAGUUGCACGAGUGGAUGCGCGCUUUUUGAGCCUUUAAACUUUGUCGGUAGCUUUGUACAGUUUAGGGAUGAGUAAGCAUUCAAUUGUUUUGAACGACAAAAAAAUCAAGUGUCUUCCCAUUGAUGUGGUAAUCAUUGUCAAAAACAAAAUAAAACCUAAUUUAUAUCCUGCAUUAGUCACUUUUGGUUUCCAGAGCCAAUUUUUCGAUGAAAAUGUAAAGCUUAUUGAUAUUUUGCUUUUUUUGCUAAUCAGCUUGUUGUAAGUCGUAACGCGAUGGUAAACACCUUCUACAAUCUAUAUAUAGUUGGCGCUUUUCUAACGCCGGGAUGAAAAUAUCGGCUUUGUUUUUCUUAUUUAUUUUUUUCUCUUCGUUGGUGUUGUUGCAAAACGAGGGUGCCUUUUUUUGUCUUCUCCGGUUUCGAGUUAUGCUUCGUGGUCUUUUCGAGAAAAAAGUAGACCUGCUUUGUCAGUUAUGUUUACGAAAAAGUAAAUGUUGUCUGCCGUUAACUGGUGAAACAAACCGCAUGCCCGGUUGGAAUAUAAGAUUACGGUGACUGGCACGCCGACGAACCAGUUGAACGCGAGCACUAAUGUUGUUCAAUGUCUAUACUGGCGCACGGUAGGCUUUUUGACCAAUCAGAGUGUGCGCUUUAUCUCAGUCGCUGUGACUCAACUAUACUUCGUUUGUACGACUUUUAUUUGGGAAAGUCGGAACGUUUUUCGGAAAAAAAAAAAUUCCAUUUAUUUUCUAGCCUGGUACUUUUCCUUAAUUACAACUCCGCUUUUGUGAGCUGUAAUUGUUCCAGUUGAAGAUCAAAACAAUGCUAUGUUCAGCGUUUAGUCAUACAUGCUGGAUAUUUGUAGCUACGCGCGUAUUGCUUUUCAUUGAGAUAUUUGUGUAAUGUCAUUUGAGGCUAUGCUUCAUGUUUUCACGUAUUUAUAAUUUUUGGGAAUGCUUUCUCCUUUAAACCGUCUCUCGCUCCAUCGAUAUUUUCGUUGAAGUGAAGAGGUUUUCGUAUCACAAAAUCACACCAUCCUUCCUGAGGUGUUUGUUUUGUGUCUUAGUAGAACUUCCUUUCGUGAGACAAUACUCGCUUCACCUCUCGGAGGACUUUUGGGUUCUAAAUAAACUCGUAUUGUCUGAAGAAUGAAAGCUCUUGGCUUUUUAUCAGAAAAAUCUCAAGAGUACCUCUCAGGCACGUCUAUAUGUUGGCUGCCUGACUGAACAAAGGUGUGCUCCUUGACGUAUUAAAUGGAUCACUGGGGUGGGUUUUUUUUUUUCUCUCUCGCUUCUUAUAACAUCAAACAGUUUUCCGUCGACAGGAAUAUUUUUCUCGCUUAGGUGAGGUGAUGAUGUGAGCACUAAACUUCCGCUCGUCUGGGCCUGGCAACUUAGCGGUCAAACUCAAAGCAUGGGUGUGUGGAUCAAUUCUGGCCGCCCACGCGCCAAUUUUCCGCGCAAAAUUUCAAAAGAGAACAUAAAAAAUAAUUGCUGUCUUAUAAAGUAAACGAAAGAAAUUUGAAACGACAUUUCUAUCUAUAUAAGAACGAAAGUACGGGAAAGGCCUGGAAAACUCCAGACUUUUCGAACACAAAGCUUAUUCGAUAACGGGUUUCCUGUUAUUUACCAUUUUGUUUUGAAAAGGUUGUACGCUUUUAAAAUACAAUUUAUUUCUGACAGCCUGAAAGCACACCAGCUAGUCGUUACUAGGUUCGCACGUGCGCAGACGUUUAGCCGCUGUGUUGGGUCCAGCACCUACGCAUUCCAAAUAGCGCUCAAGGGACCGCUGGCUGUUUGCGGGCUUUUGUAUUGGGAAUAUUUUGAUGACGAAAGAAUCCCUUGGGGAUCUUUAUUGAUUUUGUGCAAUUUCUUUUCUCUAGCAUAUUCAUCCGACUUCAACGACCCUGAAGGUGAAGAAAGCUUUAAAUCGACUCAGUGCAUUUGGAACGCUAUCCAAGAACACUAAGUAAGUACAAAACGUCCAUAGGACAGAUGUUGUCCUGAGAAUUAAGCAAUUUCGCGAGUUAGACAUAGUGUAUGUUGUCUUGUAACUAAGAGAGGUGGCCUGUGAAACAAUAUUGCAACAUUUUUGUUUUGUUUUGUAGGUCGAUUUUUCUUCCCUUUCCUUGUUUAUUUUCAGUUAAUGGGAAACAGUAACGCUAUGAAAAUCGGAAUCAUUCUUCUGAGUAACGAUACUUUACUUUCGUGGUCGCACAGAAUUGUUAAAUUGUAUUUUUGUCAGCGGAAAUAGACACUCAGAAAUGAUGAUGUCGAACAUUCCAGUCAGACUUUUCGAGGAAGGGUUGCAACUUCUCACGAAUACAUAUUCUGAAAACCUCUUAAAGGAAGUUGAAGUAAUUUUCAAGAAUUUAAAGUGCCUCGACUUCCUUCAAAAGAAUAUUUAUAACUUUUGACGUUUUCCUUCGGACUGAUUGUAAAAAUUUCGCUUUCCGGGACAAUAUGCAAUCAAGGGCUUUUGAAGUCUUAUUUGGUCAUAUUAUACUUAAAGGACACUAUCCAUUAGGACUGGGAUUAAAUCUCUACUCCAUUGAAUUCAGUUGGACUUCUAUAAAAUCCACUUUUUGGAUUCCUUAAAAUAGACGUCAACAAUGAACAUGGAGGUAUAUUAUUAAUGAUCACAUUUUUAAACUUUCGUGUGCCUCGAGUCAAAGUUCAAGAUACUCUUGACAGAUUCUCGCGCAGGGUAAGAUUAAAUUGGUUAACAAUCAAGGUACUUGACAACGCUGAUUACGCUGAUUUAAGACAAGAAUUUUCACAAAAUUCUUGGAAAUUUUCCGAAAAUUCCGCUUUGUAUCUAUUUUUCCUCUAAUGAGAACUUGAAUAAGUAAUGAAUCUAUGUCUUAUUAUAUCUUGUUAUCAUUGCUAUAUUACUUAACUUUUUGAUUAGGAGGGAUAUCUUGUGUGUAUUUUUAAAUAAUAUUCUUAUAUUAUUGUUGUUGAUAUCGAAACGACUUGGCAAUACGAUCAGUUUCUGCGAUAACAACCUUAGCUUUGUCAACGAGGAAAGAAAAUAUGUAAUUACUCAAACACCAAAUUGUAUUUAAAGCUUUGGGAAACAGGGCUGUGGAUAUUGAGACCACCAUUCGCGUUGAUAGGCUUUUUGUACAAGAAUUAAUAUUCAGACUUGUUCGAUUUUGCAGCACUUAAUCCCGACCUGAUUUCGUCGCUUGUCAGUGAGGGAUGACAUAACAAACAUAAGAAUUAAUGAGAUUAGCGGGGUAACAAGAGAAUGUCAGUUUGGUUUAAGCGGGCUGUAGUCGGAUUAUAUUGUUUCCGCACAAAAAUUCCUUUGGCGCAAACUUUUUGUCGAAUCAAAUGUUGAAUUUCGACCUUCUCUCGGCAAAUUUUAGCUCCUUUCAAAACGAAAGACGCACAGAAUUGAGUUAUCUGUUUCAAAAAACUCACCGGUAACUAGUGGUAACAUGUUUUCCACUAAACGUACACUUAUCCUUGUAUAAGGUGUUUGAAAAUUUCUUCUUCUAAAGACACUUUUUGGCCUCUUUUUUGGCACCUUAGCACUCUAAGGCUUGCCUUGACUUAAAAGAUUUAGAAUCUACUUGGCAACAAUCGCCUGUGAAAAGAGCUCAAUACAACUAAGAAAGAAUCUCAAUAUAACAGCCGCCAUGUUGUUUUUUCCUCAAGGCUCAUCUCCAAGAGUGAAAGGGACCUUCUCAGCGUGGAUCACGAGGGCACAAACGAUCUACACGUGAUGGCCAAGCACGGGGUGAAAAAGUCCCCGGCCAGCCUACCGAGAGGAUUUGGGUCCACAGAGUGCAUAAACACUAGUGAUCAAUCGCUUGAAAUGCCCGACAGGGUUAUUAAAGUUUUCAAAGCGGAUCAGACGUGUAGAUAUUUUAUGGUGUACAAGGUCAGUGUGUGUGGUAACCGUAGGUCUUAAAAUCACAAAGACACUAUGAACUAUGACGCGCGCACAUGGGCGCCCGCUAAAACCUUCAUUCUAGCCCGCAAAAUGCGCCACAAUGCCGGGAAAAGUGAUAAUAAUUAGUGUUGAUUGUAGCUUUUAGUGCCUUAACAUCUCUCUAGCGGUAAAGGUAUUUUUACUAGCAACUUUAUGUUGAGGAGUCCACUCUUCAAGGGAAAUUUUGUUGGUAUUUACAUUUUAAUUAGCAGAGAUUUUGGUUCUGAAAUUGUGUGUGUAGGGUCGAGAUGGGUACAAUCUCAUCGAGAUUCUUAUUAUGGAAAAUAUCACUCGGCAAUUCAUCUGCGAUAAAUUUCAUCCGUUUGACCUUGCACUGAUUCCUGCCCCAGAGCACGACAAUUUUUGUCCAAAUUUUGGCGGAUUUUGCAGAAUGCCCUCGAUCUGCAAAAUUUAGUACCCGCAGAAAAAAAGGUUCCGUGAAAUAAAACGCCUCAAAAAUUACCACCUCUAGUCCAAUUAAAAAAACUCUCUAGGGGAGAAGGCAGGGGGCGGCUGAAUAUGAGUAUAAGAAUUCUCCACAUUUUGUUAUGUGAAUUUGGAGAAUCAGACGCUAUCGAGAACAAAUUUAAUGAGAGUUUAUUUAAGAUAUUGGCCAAUAUCCGGUGUUCAUUUAAUCAAUUGUUUUAUAUUUUCGUACUGAUAUUUUUGCUUAGUUCAUUUGUUGUUAUUUCUGUUCUUUUUUUUUGUUGCUGUUGUCCCUUUUCUCGUUUUAUUUUGUUGUCGAUGUUGUUAAGUGAUAGCUAAGAGUUCCUCUGGCCCAUUUUUCUUGUUAUUGCAAUUGUACUGAGCUUGGUUAAACACCGUAACAAUUUCAAAACUAACAUCAGCAUCGAACCGUUUUAUAAAAAUUAUUGUAUUCAUAAACGUCUCGAAAAGCAUCCAACUGAUUAUUCCAUACUUCAUUCUCUUACAUCAAACCAAUCAUCUGUUACUCAAUAAAGUUUUUUGUCAUUCAACUUCACCUCCAAAAGCAUCGCAAUUUGUUCCAAAAGAAUGCGCACAUGUUUACUCCAAACUGCUAACAAGAUGCGGGAUACUUUGAUGGGGUUUUUUGGAUAAAAGUGACCGAGCCCCUAAUAAUCACGUUAUGGUGUUAAAAAUGUUUGUUUCACACAACUAAACGUCGGCCCUCGAGAUUAGAGUAUGUUCAAGGAAAAUCGAAUAGAUUGUCAUUUCUGUAUAGAGUGUUUUAUACAAACAUCGAUCAGACAGAGAUAAAACAAUUUUUUCGCAUCGAGUGUAGAUUAUCAAAACUGUGUAAAGAUGUAUUGCAAUGUAAUGAGAUUUCUUAGUGUUGUAAGCCGCUUUUUUUCUUUCGUGGCGGCUGUAUUUUGUAAAUGAAUAGUGAGGGAUUAGCGUAUUUCUUCCUUCCGCGUGGAAGUGAAACCAAACACUUCGCAUCAUGCGAGAGUUUACCGACUAGUUUUUGCGAUAAAAAAGCGCUGGUUGAUCGCUCUGUGAACAGAGCGCGUAGAAGCGCAAACCCUAUAGCUGUCGUAAGCACAUGUGUCUGCAACCAGACUCAACCUGUCCGAUCAAUUUUGCGAACAAUCAGAGACAAUGCUGGCAUGUGUAGGCUUUUUUCCUCGAGUAAGACGAAAGGUAGACAGAGUAGAUAUUGCUGCCACUUUAGAUCCGGCGACACACCAUAUUUCAGAUGUUUUUGCCGACUAUUUUGUCUUGUUUUGUAGGAAACUACGGCACGAGAGGUUGUUAACCGAGCCGUUGAAGCGUUUGGAAUUCAGGGCUCUCCAAGGUAAAAAUAAAAAUAUGAAACUGAGUAAAGCUCGUCCAGACUUCAGUGGAAAAUUGUAUUGGUCCGCACAUUCUGCAGUCAUUCAGUAACGGAUCUUCUUGAACCGAUCAAAACUCCUUGUAAUCUUCAGUUUCUCUAUUUAUCUACCGGGAUAAUCCUGCAUCGUGUUUGAAAAUGUGAUACGAAGCAAAAGUUGCAAUUUCCGUGAUAUUUUUGAGGAGUAACACAUCGCGGAAUGUUCAGUGGCGAACAAUAUCCUUGCAAGUCUUAGGGUAAAAUCUUCAGGAUUCUGAUAAAGGAGAAGUUGUUUUUACAUCAUUCCAAAGUUUGAUUUUAAACCGGCUUUAUAUUCAACGUUCUCCAGAGAAUACGCGCUGUGCGAAGUAACAGUCGAGGACGGAGGGUUCGUGAAACAGCGAAGACUUCCCGACAUGCUGACGAAUCUUCCCGAUAGAAUCCACUUGAACGGAAGGUGAGUAAACUCUCUUUACCCACGCUCGUAACAAGACGAAUAAAUUGUUCUGUUUACUGACACGAUGAUUUCGACCUAGCAGUAGAGGAGACGCGUGUCACAUAUCAAUGCUUACUGUGGAGUUCCCUGUUGCUCAGUGGCAGGGUAUUGGGGCGCGGAAUCCAAAAGUUUGGGGCUCGAUUCCUCAAGGGGACUUAAAAUUUUUCCUUCGACCCACGACUUUUCAACCCUCUUUAGUUUCUUACUUUUUCCCAAUCUUAAUUUUAAGAUUCUCAUCAUUAACUUCCAUAAAUUUGCGUUAUCGUAUCGUUAUUUACAAGAAUUAAGUAAGUGAUCACCUUUUCGUUAUUUAUUCCUAGGUACUAUUUGAAAAACAACAGCGUCUCAAGCCAACUUCUCCCUGACGAGGCCGCUCAGGUCAGUAGGGCUCUUUUGUUUUCUUUUACCAUGACAAUCAAACUGGCCAAUCAGAACAAACGAUGGCAACAAUUUGAACCAAUGGAAUGAAGCAAAAUAUUGCACGUGAAUCGCACUUGGAAACACGAUAGACUGGAUCAUGUUAGGCUAACAUCUAAUUGGUUGAUGGCAUGACGCGCGUGCUUGAAGCGUAUUAGCGUAACAAGUCAAUUCGGAAGUACUUUAUUGACUUGAAUUAAGAAUUGAUCUUCGUGAAUCAUGGUGAACUACAGCUGCACGAGAGUUGAAAAGCGAAUAAACCCACGCAAUGAGCCUUUGAAUUAUUUAACCUUUUAACAUAGAAGUUACGAAAUUGGGGAUAUUAUCCCGUGAUAAAUAAGUUGCAAGAAAAACUUUGGAAAUAAAUUAACUUUUAAGAAACAGGAUAUUUAAGAUUUUGAGGCCAUAAGAGGAUUAGCAAUGGGUAGGUCUUGAGAAAAUGUAGGGGGUCUGGGUUAAGACGCAUUAAUGGUAGCAUGGAAAUUAAUCCUGUGGACAAAUUGAAGUAGCCACAAUUUCUGAUUAACGUUCUCUCGAAUCUAAAUUCAGGAGCUGGCCAAGGAGUCUCAGUGUAGUUUGUUGCAACUUAAACCGAAGGAGGUGGCCAAAGAACUAACACUCCAGGUAGGGGGAGUUUUGCGCAAUUUUAAAUCAUUUCUUGAAUUGUUUGCGUAAGGAAAGAUUGCAUGAUUUCCAAAUCUGAACGAUUCUGAGAGUACCUCAGCCUUUUUCUUCUUUUUUUCAAGCCAUUAAGUUAACAUCGUUCUCUUCUUUCGUAGGAAAGAGAGGAUUAAAUUUUUCUCCAGGUCUUGUUAGUAACACACAUUUUGUCACACAAAACACGCGCUUUAGUCAGGCAUUUUUAGUUCAUAGAUCGUCAGAAUCGUCCCAUUCAUUCCAAUUUUUUGAGACGAAUAGGAGGAUCCUGUUGAUCACAUCAAAACAAAGGUCUAACUGUACCCACUUUGCAGCUGUAGAGAUAAUCCUCAAUUUCUCAUAAUUCCUCGAACGAUCUUCCUUUUACAGGAUUUUGAAGUUUUUAGAAGUAUUGAUCCUCGCGAGUACAUCUACAAGCUGUGGAACUUUGGUCCGAAACUCACAGAAAACUUACGAAAAUUUUCUGAGGUAAAGUGAACCUAAUCAUUUAACAAGAGUAAAAUUCAACCGCUGAUUAUUUGCAAGGCUGCGCAUUUUGAAGUUUACUUACGCCAUGUUUGCAUUCUUUCAUUUUUCGCAGAUUGUAAAUAACGAGAUGUUUUGGGUUGUGACCGAAAUAUGCUGUGAAGCAAACUUAGUAAAGAGAAUGAAGUUAAUCAAAGCUUUUAUCAAAAUUGCAAGUAAGUCAGACCUAGAUAAUAGCAUGUUGAGUAUUUGACUUUGAUAUUCGAAAGUUUUUUAUUCCAAAGCGUUGAAAUUUUUGGCUUAAUAUGCUCUUGUGUUCUUUACAGGAUAUUGUAAAGAAUGCAAAAACUACAAUUCGUUAUUUGCUAUUGUGAGGUGAGUUAAUGUAUGUAAGAUAAAACCCUUAUUUGGUUUAUCUAAGUUACUGGCAUUGUAGUUUUUCUUUUCCUUUUUCUCGUUUCUUUUCUUUUUUUCCGGCGCUUUAUUUGGCCUUAAAAGAGACCUUAAAUUAGCUCCUCGACUGCCUCGCCCUCCAGUUUUAUGAUAAUUUCCCUCUUAUUAUGUCAGGUUUGUCGAUGGUUACAUGUUUUCUCGCCUUUCAGUUCACGUAGUAUAUUUUUCUGCGCUUGUCGAUGUUCAGAUGUUUUUGCCGACUUCUGUUCGCUCCUAGUUUUCGCUUUUUUUACUAAUACCCAUAUAAUACCAUAACAUUGCCGCAUUUGUUUGUUUAACUCUUUAAAUAAACCAAAUAGCCACCCCUUUGUUGAAGUCAUUCCCUCUAACUUACGCCCUCUGUUCUCUGUUUCAGCGGGCUUGGCCACUCAACGGUACAACGUUUGAAGAAUACGUGGGACAAGUUACCCACAAAGCAUAGCAAGGCAUUCGAGGUGAGCUGUGCUUAAAGAGAUGUUUAUCAGAUUAAAUGUGUCUUUAGGAGUGCCAAGCCUGUGGCAGUGUGUGCGUUAGUGUUAGAACUGUUCAGCGCUGGACUGCCCGGUCGAAGUCUGGAUUCGAGUCACAGUUGAGUCACUGUGAUGUUAGGUGUAUGAGACACUUUACCCUUACAGUGCUUUUCCGGUUUAUUAUCAGUUUUGCAAAUUUGGUUUUAUCAACUGAGUUGAUGAAGUAAAUUGGUCACCGUAAAGAGUUCCUAAAGCUGACGUUUUGAGCGCUAUCCCUUAAUUAUUCGCUCUGACAAAGACGCUCGAAACGUCAGCUUCAGAAACUCUUUACGAAAGCCAAUUUACGUUUAUCAAGUCAGUUGAUAAAACCAAAUUUUCUCGUAACAAGCCCAUUGACGCACCACCAUAGAGUCUUCAGAAACUUACCCUCUCUUUUCUACUAUCAAUUAUGGGUGAACUGUGUUGCAGACCCUCGUUAAAUGAGUCGUGUGACGAUAUUUAUAUGGAUAAUUUAAACGUGUGUUCUUUUUUUGUUUGUCUGUUUCAGGAUCUUCAGAGUCUGAUGGAUCCGUCAAGAAACAUGUCUAAAUACAGAAAUUUACUAAAUGGAGAACACGGAGAACCUCCCUUGGUACGUUCAGUCCACCAUUACGAGUUAUGAAAAGUUGAACUUUUUUUAAGUUCGAAUCUUUAUCCAAAACACUUUCUUUUGACUUCUCUUAGGCUAAUUCUUGUGAUAGGCCGCAUCUCGAUCGAGCUUUGUAAAACUGAAAUCAAAGUCAUCUCAUCAGCCAUUGUUAAAAAAGAUUAUUGCAAAGAGCAAAAGUAAAAGGAGACAAGUGCGAUAAAACGUGAACGAAUUCGUGACAAUUCUAUUUUGUUGGCGAAGUGUAUGGACAGAUAUCAUGCUUAAAAAGAAAACUCUUCCGAUAACAUGUUGAAUUUCAAGAUUCUUAUUAGGAAGACUGAAUGAAAGUUAGCUUGAUUGAAGUCAUUUUUUUGUUCUUCUUUUAGAUUCCGUUCUUUCCUGUCAUAACGAAGGAUCUGACGUUCAUUCAUCUAGGGAAUGACAGUAUCGUGGACGGACUUGUAAGUGAAUAUUCAUUUGUAUUUCACAACUAACUUGGUUUUUGUACUCUCAGAGCUAAUUUUAGACUAUUUUCCAGGAAACAUUGUUUUCCUUUGUUUUUUUUUGCUUGAAGAAGCUGCCUACGCUGCGUUAAUUGUAAAAGAUAAAAAGUCGUAGAAUUGAGAAACUCACCUAUUUUUAUAAGAGUGCGGCGCAAUAUGGAUUUGCUUUACACCCCAUUCCUUCCUUGAUUUCACUUGCGGAAGAUAAAUUUUUUCUCACAAUUUUGUUUGAAUAUAUUUGCAGGUUAAUUUUGAAAAGCUUCGACUCAUUGCAAGAGAAGUUCGCCAGAUUUCAAAAUUCAACUCCAUUCCCUACGUGAGUAUGACGCUGAUUAGUGCGUGCAUUUCAUAGAAACAUUAUUUUAACGCAUUUCUUCUUAUUCCAGGACCCUGACACGAUGUUCGAAGACGAGCUGAACAGUCAAGGUGGACCUGGGCAACAGAAAAUGACGUCAACGGUGGUCGGCAUGGUAACAGGUAGCUCUACAUGGAGUCGGAGAUCGUUGCGUGACCAAAAUCCCAAAAAGAUGUACGAGGAGGUAAGAACAACUGAUUUCAAGGUGAUUUCUCUUAAACAGACGCCUUAACUUUAUUUCAGUUGACAUUUGAAAAUUUGAUUCUCCACGUUAGUCUUGGAUCUUGCUCUAUCUUACUCUGUUUUGCAUUUUGUUUUGUCACGCAGUCCAUGAUGUCACGCAGGGUAAAGCAAUACUUGUCGAACCUAACUGUCAUACAAGAUGAAGAAAAGUUACGAGAAAUGUCAAAUGUCUGCGAACCUCCACAAGGAUCCGGUAAGUUAACUUUGUCACUCCAUCGCCCCAGUCUCUCCUUCCAAACGCAUUGUUUUUGGACCCUUGUGUUUGCAGGUUUUAAUUUUUUCAAUCGUUUUCUUUCCUCAUGUCCAGCAGCUCCUCCCAGCGUACAGACCCGAAAGAAGAACUCGCCCACGUCCUCUCCAGGCGCAAACAAGAAAGAUCGUAAAGCUGGAAAACCAAGUGAGUUGACGGGUGAGCAAAGAAACUGUUUUUGGUGCUUGCUGUCUACAGAUCUCUUCCCUCCUUUCCCUUCCCCCCUUGCCAGAGGUUGAGAACCUAUAGGAUCCUAGACACGAGUCUGUAACAUCUCUAAAGACGCCUGAAUUUUUUUGAACGUUACAAUGGUAGGCCUCACUUCGUAAUAAAUUCCUUUCACAUUAAUUCUUAUCAUCAAAGAAACCUUUUAAUUUGUGGUUCUUUCUCUCGUUAACAAUAUUUUAUAACGAUCAUACUACUCUCAAAAUCGGUAAGUUCGGGUAUCCUGUGACCCAGUCCCAAUUGAAGUGCACCAACACGUUUGUAGUCAGAGCUAUGAGCAGAAAAUUGAUUAAGACAUAAGAAUAUGUUGAACCUUCCAAUUAUUUAAUAACUUGUGCUGACUUUGUUUAAUGGACUUUUUCUUUCUGUACUCAGUUCCUUCCCCAUUAGCUCUAAGAAAAGACAUAGCGGGUGACAGAAUCUCGGUGUCCUCUACAGCGAGUACAUCAUCGUUACCGGAUGUGCAGUCUCCAAAGCAAAUCAGUGAAGGUAAACUAUUUCAGCAAUAAAUGAAAAGAAUAAGGUGAAGCGUGGCUACGUUAUAAACAGCGGUUUCGGGAAGUUCUUCCCGUAUUUAGUUUGAAAGGAGGACUAAUUGUAGCGACGAUUCGCUUUGUGCGACAUAGAAAUUUUUUUUUUUCAAAACUAUUUUACUCGGAAAUUUCUGUACCUGAAAAAGAGAAAGAAAACGAGUUUGAAUUUUGCGUGAUUGCCACGGUAUGAAAUGAGUCGCAAUAACUGUUAUUUCGCUUUCCUUUCUUUUUCGUUCUCUCUUUCUUCUUUGAACAGUAUUUUUUGAAGGAAAAUUAAAUCUCUUAUUUCAUGCGCAAUUUUUUUUUCCGUCAGAGGAAGUGCAUGUCUUUCCUGAAGCAGACAGAACAUCUUUACCAGAAGAUACCGUCCAUAUGCAGGAACUCAGAAGACUGCAUAUCAAUGAUGAUCAUCAGAGACCACAAUACCGCCAUCCACCAGGUCAGACAAUAAUUCUGUCGUUAGGUGAAGUCCUUCACGCUUACUAGCCGAUUAUCACUGUUACUGUGCCAUGAACCUACUAGGAAACCCCCCCCUUUCCCCCCCCCCCUCCCCAUUUACCAGCACUUCGUUAGAUUUCCCAGAGAGCGUAUCAAGAAAUGUUCCAUUGUUCCGGGUCAACUUUUCCAUUAAGCAUCAAACAAAAGUCCUGGGUAAUUGGUAGUCCUGAGGGACUUUGGCCGAAGGGAAGCGGGAAAGCUCGUAACUGAUCGAGAAGGCUUACCCUGAGCCCUAACAGCUUAAUGUUGAGUGCAACUUAUUAAUAACCGGUUAAUAAGUAUGAUUGUUGACUUGAAUGUCCUUGUUUUUUCGUCAUUUCAGGUGUGGAGGUAGUCAGGCCGAUCAUGUAUACAGGUAAAAAAAAUUAACUGUUUGUAACAAAUAUUCUGCUGUUCAUUCUCCCAACAGGAGUGGUGGGAGGAGAUCGGAGGACGAGUUUAGUCAAGGACUCUUAAUUACCGUAACCUCGUUAAAGUUUGAGACUUUUUUUUUUUAUAUUUAUCUGUAUUUCUCUGAUCUUUUUAGUACAAGCUCCUUCCACCGAUAGUGUUCCUUACAGCCCAACCCACUCAACUUCUUCACAAGAACAUCCAUAUCAUCCUGGUGAGUUUCUGAGAUCGUAAUUCAAAUUCUUCUUAUUAUCUGCGCGCAUUUUGUGAGAAGUUGGCAAAGUAAGCGCUUUCCCAGCAACGUGAUCACGUUUGAGAUCAAGACCGAAAAUUUGAGAUUACUUGCUUGGCAAUCAUGAAACGUGUCCGUGAUCCGCUCUUAGGUCCGUUUUUUAAUUUUAUUUUUUACUUUUCCAGGAGUUACAUAUCACCAGUAUGUCAGCUACCACUAUCCAGAUCAGUACAACAGAGUAGAAUACGUAGAAAAUUAUGACGGUAGGUUAUUGCUUUUGUGCUGA